CUCAUUAUAUAUAAAACAAAGAUAGAAUGACGCUCGUGUGUACGCGAGUGUUGUUUCCGAACGUGACGUAAGUAAUCUAUAAGAUACGUAACGUGAACCUAUAAAUUUUCAGUACUGCCAGUAAUAACAGAACAGAAGGGGAAGGGGGAUAGUUGCUACCAAAGCACAGAAGCUGGCAGAGAAUCUGGCGUCUGAUUACAAUUUUCUCGUGGGCCUGGCCGCUGUCAGUCUUUAUGAUAUUUAUGAUAAACAAGUUUUUGAAUAAUGAUUAUGGAAUCGUUAGACGAACACUUAGAGAAGUUGACGGGCUAUGUAUUUGACAACGACAAGCUGGUUACUUAUAAGUGGUUAAGCAAAGAGUUAAAAGUCCACGUUAAUAUAGCGAAACAAAUUCUAUGGAAAUUUUAUCACCAAUACCACGAAAAUGGUGAUAUUGAAUGCACGUAUUUAUUAAUGGGCCUUUUAAAGGAUAACAAAAUGCGUGUGGAAGUUGUCAAGGAGUCUAAUCUAUCUGAAGCCAAAGAAAAGUAUAGCAAACUCAUCUCGGAACAUCUGUACAGUGUUCACAAAUCUCUUGAAAAUCUGGAACUGCUUGCUGACUCUAGUUCUGGGGAUAUAAAUUACAGUGCGAUUAAAUGUGAUGCUUGCAAAGAGCGAAGUGAUGAUGAAAUGUAUUUGUUACGUUGGGGUACAGCUGUGAAUAAUAUUACGGUAGAAAAUACCUCAACCUCAACUUUCACAGAUACUGGAAAUUCAGCGAAACCUGAGAAGAAUUCAAUAAAAAAAAAUGGAUUUAACACCUUAUAUAAUAUGAAGGGAAAGAAAGCCAAAAAUUUAAAAGAAUCAAAUACAUUUAUCCAAAAGAAAGACAAAGAAUCAAUGAAAGCUAAUAAAGACACUGACAUUGAUGAAAAUGUAAUAAAAAACAAUAAAGAUACAGGAGAGGAAAAUAAUAUUACGUCAAUAAAAAAUGUGGAAAUAAUAGAAGAGAGAGAAAAUUCUAAAGAAAAAGAUCAAACGUCUCAAAAAAAUACAAAUCUUUCUAAGAUUGAGAACUCCAAAGAAAAAGUAUCUAAAAUCAAUUCAACCACGAAAAAAGUUUCAUCAAAAAAUACCAAAAAAGAAGGACUAGGUAAUUUUUUCAAAAAGCUUACAUCUCCACCUAAGUCUGCAGAAAACAUAUCACCAAAAGAAAAAAAUGAUAAGACUAAAGAAGAAACUGAAAAAAAUAAAGAACAGGUAGACAAAAAUAAAAAAGAUAAAAAAAAGAAUUCACGUGGAAAAAAGCGAAAUAGGAGCAAAGAAACUGAUAAUGCCGCUAUAAAACGAAAGAGGAUUUUUAUUCAAAGUGAUUCCAGUGAUUCAGAAGAGCAAACUGAUGUGGAAAUGGAAGAAGCUUCUCCAGAGGAACUCGAGCCCGAAACUCCUGCUAAAUCGAAAAGUCCUCUCGCAAAUGUGAAACAUGAAAACGGCAAGAAAAAGAUGUUGAAGUUAGUCAACAAAACUUACAAAGAGGGUGAUUAUAUUGUGACGAAGAAAGAACAUGUUUAUGUAAGCUGUUCUGAUGAUGAGGAGGAAAAAAAGGAAGACGAGAAGAAAAGACAAGCGAAGAAAGUGGAAUCCAAGCAGACAAUGAAGAAAAAGCAAGCCAUGUUAACAGACUUUUUCAAGAAAUCUUAGAACUGUGUUUGUGAAUUUCACGUUUUCCAAUCAACAAGCUUAUCCUAUUUGUUGUAUGUGCCUGCAUAAGUAGCAAAAUAUAUAUAAAGACAGAUUGUUUUUUAAGUAUUACAUGUGUAUUGAAAACUUAUUAAUAUUUAAAAAUAACAUAAUAUAAAAAUUUUAGAAAGAAACAGUUAAAUAAUUAAUGAAAAUAAACUUAAAUCAAGAGGUAGGACUUUGUAGCCAUAUGUUAAAUGCGCGAAAUAUAUUUUUUUAACAUGUGUGAAUUAAAUACAUAGUAAAUUAUAUA